AACCCAGAAACACAGCAAAUUCAAAAGGCACAAAAACAUUAAUAAUAUAUAGUCUACACUCGUGGAAUGAAUGAGGCAUCUGCAGCUGGGACUGAUGGUGAAAAUGCAUUUAAAACACGAGCUUUUUGUUUGUUAAGAAUACAAUAAACAGCCACGCAGACCUCUCAAGUUGAAUUCCCACAGCAUCCUCAUACGCCACCUGUAGUCUCUGCAUGUUAGAAAUGUAGCAGUUUGUCCACAAGUGUGCGUUAUAUUUACACAAUCAAUUAGGGAGUUGAUUUUUUAGAGUUUUCGCGCACACACAAACACACGUGCGCGCGCACAUAUUGAUAAUCUGCAUUUCUCUGUGUGAAAACGACCGCUGUCCAAACAGCGAAAUGAUCUGCGGGACAAAUCCCCAGUGAAGACCCCCAAAAACAAGCGCGGAUUUGAGUUUACAGCAGCAGAGAAUAAGCCGAUAAGUCUAAAACACACUCAAAUGUAUUAAUUCCGUGGUCGGAUCAAUCCAGAUGAAGAUGAGGUAUGGUGGGGCGCAGUUAAACGCGGACUCAGACGCAGCACACGCAGAUUACCCUGGAGCCGCUUUUUCACCGUGAAAGCCACACGAGUGAGGGGAAAGUCUUUCUGUUGGUCAGGGGAAACCCUCCUCCUCCUCCUCCGUCUCCUCAUCCUCCCCCUGCACCUCCUCAUCCUCCUCCUGCCGACUUUCGGACAGCUGGAGCUGGGAUAAGUCAUAACGCGGAGAUUGUCUGUCACAGCAGCAGUGAACUCCCGCAGCUCGGAUCUUUGCUUCACCGGGAAAGCAAGGAGGACUGAGGGUGCUCAGUCCCGCUGCUCUCCGUACCGGACCUGUUCCCCGCCUGAGAGAGUUGCAGCAGCAGAGCACAAGCGGACACGGACACAGUUGGUCCCCCCAUUCUCUGGCGCAAUGAAACCGGGAGUUAUCUGCUCCCCGGAGCGUGUGGAGGGACCCACAGCAGGGAUCGGGCAAAUGAUGACGGUGGGGACCAGGACGACGCAGAGUAGGAGCCGGUGUCUACAUGUCUUUCUCCUGCUUCUACUCAGCAGCUGCUGCCACAUGUUGCAUGGCCAAGAGGUGGCCCCCUACCUGCGAGGAGGUGGAGCGGGGCAGCAAUUGAUGUUGGAGGGAAACAAGUUGGUUCUGACCUGCCUGGCUGGAGGCAGCUGGCCUAUGCAGUAUCGAUGGACCCUCAACAGCAGCAACAUCACCGACUGGACACCAAACUACAGGUUGCCUGUCCCGUCUGUGAAGAGGACUGAUGCUGGUCUGUAUCAGUGCACGGUGAGGAACAGAAUGGGAGCAGUAAUACACAGGAGAACAGAUGUGCAGGUUGCCUUUUUGGGCGACUUUUCCACAGAGGAGCAGAGAAAGACGGUGACUCAGGGCAGAGCAGCCGUCAUCAGCCCGCCGCCCCUCGCCUCUUUCCCCCGACCCAUAGUCACAUGGUUCAAAGACGGACACAAGAUUAUCCCCAACAACCGAAUAACAAUCACUUUGGACAAUCAGCUGGUCGUCCUGGCAACCACUGCAACAGACGCAGGACGCUACCACGUAGAGGCCGUGAACGAGGUCACAGGAGAGAAUGCGACGAGUCCUGCCAUCUACCUGAGCAUCUCAGUUGGCAAGAAGCACCGUGGGUCCACAGAUCCUGAGUCAGAGCUUUUGGCUCCAGCGAUUGUGAUUGGACCUAAAGACACAACAGUGGUGGCAGGGAACGAGGCGACACUGGAGUGCAUCGCUAAUGCCAGGCCAGUGGACGGCCUCACGGUGUCAUGGAAACGGGAUGGGCGUCGCCUGGCCACCGGGCGUCAGCUCAUUAUUCCCGCCCCCACUCCCUCCGACACAGGGUUAUAUGUUUGUGAGGCGUCACUUAGCAACAGCACUGCCAAACCUGUGGAGGCACGGGCACACCUCACUGUAACGGAACCACCUUCUCUGACCGCCCAGCCCAAGAGGAAGAUCUUUGCUGAACUGGACAGGAGUGUGGAUAUCCCCUGCCUCGCGACAGGUGUUCCCCAGCCCAGGAUAGAGUGGUACAAGGACGCAGUGCCUCUCUCCAAACUGGCCAACCCUCGCUAUAAGGUCUCGGCGGCGACCGGGCUGACGUUGCGGAGGGUGCAGCUGGGAGACAGUGGGACGUUCCAGUGCUUUGCUCGCAGCGCUGCUGGAGAGACACAGGCGUAUACACAGCUCCUUGUCUCCAGUGUGGCUCCCACAUUCACAUCCCCCCUAUCUGACCAAACAGUAACUGAUGGGAACACAGCUGUGCUCAUGUGCCAGAUGAGCGGAGCUCCAAAACCUGCUGUCACCUGGAGGAAAGGAUCCCAGGUCUUAGCCAGCGGCUCCGUCCAGGUUCCCAGGUUUACGCUGUUGCAGUCUGGUGGUUUGCAGAUCCAGCCGGUCAGCUCCCAGGAUUCUGGAGACUAUACCUGCACCGCCUCCAACUCUGAGGGAACCAUCAACGCCACCGCAACUCUCACCGUCUGGAGUCGUACAGUCAUUUCUGUGCCUCCUACAGACCAGCGUGUUAUCAAAGGAACCACUGCGACUCUGGCUUGUAAUGCUACACAUGACUCCAGAGUCAAUAUAAGCUUCAAGUGGGACCGCGGCGGUGUGCCGGUGCUUUCGACCAGCGGCCGCGUUUCUGUCCGUCAUGGCACACUCACGAUUGGCCAGACAUGGUCAGGUGACAUUGGGGAUUACACCUGCACUGUGACAUCACAGGCCGGCAACGAUUCUCACUCCGCACGCCUCGAAGUUAUUGAGCUGCCACACUCUCCCCGCUCCCUGACGGCCCGUCUCAAUGACUCCGACUCCCGCUCUGUCCACCUGUCCUGGCUACGCCCCUUCGAUGGGAACUCUCCUCUUCUGUACUACCUGCUGGAACUAUCUGAGAACAACUCACCGUGGAAGAUUUACCUAUCGGAGGUCAACCCUGCGGUGACUGAAGUAUCGGUGGGCGGACUCACACCUGCCCGGACGUACCAGUUCAGACUCUGUGCUCUCAAUCAAGUGGGCAGGGGUCAGUACAGCGCAGAGACGCAGAGAUUGAUGCUAAGAGAGGAGGCACCCAGUGCACCUCCAAAGAAUAUCGUGGCCAGUGGGCGUACAAACCAGUCCAUCAUGGUCCAGUGGCAGCCUCCACCAGAACCCCAGCUAAAUGGGGUCCUUCGAGGCUAUGUGCUCAGGUACCGUCUGGCAGGGCUGCCAGGAGACUACCAGGAGAAGAACAUCGGCAGCCCAGAGACCAACUACUGUCUGCUGAAAGAUCUCAUCAUCUGGACACAAUACCAGAUCCAGGUGGCUGCCUACACUGGAGCCGGCCUGGGCGUCUACAGCAGCCCUGUCACUGAGUACACUCUGCAGGGAGUUCCCACAGCUCCUCCGCAGGAAGUGGACGUUGUAGCCAUCAACUCGACCACCAUCCGUUUCACAUGGAAACCUCCACCUCAGCAGUUUAUUAAUGGAAUCAACCAGGGAUACAAGCUGCUCGUCUGGCCAGAGCAGUCCCCUGAGGAUGUUAUCAUAGUGACGAUCACGCCGGACUAUCCAGGCUCACGCCACACUGGAUUGGUCAGUGGACUCAGGAAAUUCACCUGGUACUUCGGCACCGCCCUCUGCUUCACCACACCGGGGGACGGCCCUCGCAGCGCGCCCACCCUGCUGCAGACGCACGAGGACACACCUGGACCUGUUCGUCACCUGAGCUUCACGGAAAUCUUAGACACAUCACUCAGAGUCAGCUGGGCGGAGCCCGAAGACAAGAACGGCAUCAUCACUGGCUAUCUGUUGUGGUGGCAAGUGUCUGACCUGGAGUCCAGUCGCAAGGAACAUUCUCUGUCCAACUCCACCCUGCAGUACCAGCUGACGGGCCUCACCUCCACCACCAUGUACACACUACAGGUGGCAGCGCUCACUGCCGCAGGGCGGGGCGCGGUCACGUCCUCCACCGUCUCUACCGGAGUCCCACCAGAACUUCCUGGAGCACCAUCCAAUUUAGUCAUCUCCAACAUCAGCCCUCGGACAGCAACACUGCGGUUCCGGCCUGGUCCCAGCGGAAAGACAGAAAUAUCACGAUGGAUUGUUGAAGGACAGGUAGUAAAGGAGGAUGGGAAGGAGGAGGACACCUGGAGAGUUGUCUACCAGAAAGACAACCAACCGGAUGCAGACACACUGGAGAUCCCUGACCUCACUCCAUUCACUCAGUACAGGUUCAGGGUGCAACAAGUGAACAUUGUCGGGGCCAGUCCUAUGAGCGCCCCCUCCAGGCUAAUUCAGACGCUACAGGCAGCCCCUGACACUUAUCCCUCCAACCUCACUCUGCUGUCUGCUACACAGAGCAGCCUGCGCUUCAGCUGGAAGCCUCUUCCUGAGUCUGAGUACAACAGCAGCCCAGAGACUGUAGGCUACCGGCUGCGGGUGUGGAGGACAGACGGGCAAGGGGAGGACAGAACCGAGGAUGUGGAGGGAGCUCGUGGAACCACUGAGACCACAGUCGAGGGUCUGAAACCCUGGUCCCAGUACCAGGUGCAGAUACAGGCCUACAACUCCAUAGGACCUGGACCCUGGAGCAACACCGUCGCUGCAAACACAGCAGAAUCUGUUCCGUCUGGCUCUCCACUUAAUGUGACUGCUGAGGCAGUGAGUUCCACCCAGAUCCUACUCACAUGGACUUCUCUUCCUCGGGCACAGAAAAAUGGAGUCAUACUUGGAUAUAAGGUGUUGUCCAGUGAGAAGGACUCGGAAAGUCCCCCCAGUGUUCAGUUGGUGAAAGGAGAAGGGAAUGUGUCGCUGCUCCUCAGGAGUCUCCAGCAAUACACAGUGUACGUGCUGCAGGUGCUGGCGUACACACAGAUCGGCGACGGCCCGCUCAGCAACCCCAUGCUGCUUCAAACCAAAGAAGAUGUCCCAGGUCCUCCUGUCAGGAUGAUGUUUCCAGAAGUUCGAUUGUCGUCGGUUAGGGUGGUUUGGCAGCCACCCACAAACCCCAACGGCAUCAUAUUAGGAUACCAGAUCUCCUACUGCCUCGACAGCAGGGACCCUCUGCGCUGGACUACAGUGGAGGUGGGCUCCAACGCUCGCCAGUUCACCGUCACAGGACUUUCGCCUGAGCAGACGUAUUUGUUCCAACUUACUGCUCGCACCGCUGUGGGCUGGGGCGAGGGACAGGAAGCCCGGGUUAUUACCACUGAACGUAGAGAGCGUCCCCAGCCACCAAGGAAGCUCUACAUCCCGCAGGACGGGGUAGAGUCUCGUUCUCUCAGCCUUCAUUGGGUGAUAGGGAGCUCAGGCUCUUCUCCCCUGAGGUACUUCACUCUGCAGGUCAAACAGCUGCCCGAUGCGGACUGGAGCACACACAUCACUAACAUCCCACACAACGUGACGGCUUGGAGCGUUGACGGGUUGAAGGCCUUUACAUCAUACAAGUUUCGGAUGCUGGCCACUAACGAUGUAGGCGACAGCGUCUUCAGCAAAGAGACGGAAGCUGUGACAACUCUGCAGGAUGUGCCUGAUGAGCCUCCAGUGAUCCUCACAGUGAAACCAACAACUACUACCUCAGUUCUGGUGCAGUGGAAGCCUCCUAGUGAUGACAGCAUUAAUGGGGUGUUGACUGGAUACCGGCUGUACUACAGAGAGCUUCCAGUAAACACCUCCACGUCCACUGAAGCAGAAGUCCAGACAACCAAAAACAACAGCACAAAUUCCCUCAUUACAACCAAGAGCACCUUCAAGACAGUCAGCAGUGCCUCACUAACAGAGUUUGAGUUGACACAGCUAAAGAAAUUCAAACGCUACCUGAUUGUUAUGACAAGCUACAAUAUCAUCGGGGAGAGUCCGCCCUCCAUUCCAUUCGAGGUGUCUGUCGGAGAGGCGGCUCCAUCAGUCGCCCCGCAGUCUAUUAAAGUGUCCGCCGGCUCUCCCUCCACCCUGGAAGUGACCUGGGACACACCCCCCCUUGAGACCCAGAAUGGACUCAUCCAAGGAUACAAGAUCCACUACUGGGAACGGGACAAGCACAACGAGACUGAGAAGGUGAAGGUGGUUUUUGUCCCAGAUACCCACGUGCAUCUCACCAACCUGACCAGUUACAUGCCUUACCUGGUCACACUGACGGCCUUUAACACAGCCGGAGACGGACCAGCCAGUGAGCCACGCGGAGCUCGGACCCUGCAGUCUGCUCCCAGCCAGCCCAGCUCCCUGUCCUUCUCAGAGGUGACAGGAGGAAGUGUCAACGUGUCCUGGGGAGCUCCACUCACUCCUAAUGGACAACUGGAGGGCUACAGAGUGGUCUACCAGCCCACUGCUCCUGUGCUAGGAGUGAGUAAAGUUGUGACAGUGGACGUGAAGGGCAGCUGGCAGCGGUGGCUCAAAGUGCGGGACCUGGUCAAAGGGGCAACAUACACGUUCAGUGUUCAGGCUCUCACAGUCAGUUAUGGACCACCCAUAAAAGAAAAUCUCACUGCCCAGCCUGCGCAAGGCUCCCCCGGCUCUCCUGUGGAAAUGUCCAUCACCAAGACGUCCUCUGCUCUUAGUAUCCAGUGGUCAGAGGGAGAUAUCGGUGCCUCACCUGUGACUGGCUACGUCAUUGAAGCUCGUCCAUCAGAUGAAGGUGUGUGGGAUUCCUUCAUCAGACCCCUCCCUCCCAGCACCAGGUCUGUUUCAGUGCCGAUGGAGCGCCUGAGGUCGGGGAUCAGCUACGAGUUUAGAGUCAUAGCUGUUAAUCGUUAUGGUUACGGACAGCCGAGUGCACCCUCUGCUGCUCUCGCUGCGCUGUCAGAACGUCCCUUUUAUGAGGAGUGGUGGUUCUUGCUGGUAAUGGCUCUGGUGGGACUCAUCGUCAUUCUGGUCUUGGUCUUCACACUGCUGCUGCACGGCCACAGCACCAAGUUCAAGGCGUGUGGCACAGGUAAGCACGUGUCUACGGUGGAGGAGUCUGUAACUCUGGACAACGGAGGAUUCACUGCUCUGGAGCUCAACAGCAGGACGAUCAACACCAAGAACUCCUUCCUGAAAAAGAAUGGGACCAGAUCUCCCCCCAGGCCUAGUCCCGGUGGCCUUCAUUACUCUGAUGAGGACAUCUGUAACAACUAUAAUGGAGCUGUUCUCACUGAGAGCACCACACUCACGGAGAAACCCACUGAGGUCUCAGAGUCAGAGGUAACAGACAGUGAUUAUGAGGACGAGCAGCCCAAGCACUCUUUCGUCAACCACUACAUGAGUGACCCCACUUACUACAACUCUUGGAAACGGCAGCCCAAGGGCCUGAAAGGCAUCAGUGCUCCUUUUGGCUACGAGGAAUGUGCCGCCGCAGACCCGGAGCCAUACUACCAGACCGUGGUGACCCAGCACAGCACAGGCGGAGCGUACACACCGACGGGGCAGCCUGCGCUUACACACGUGAACCCCAACACCAACCCACCGGGAUCACGUACCCCAGUGACGGGAUUCUCCUCUUUUGUUUGACUAUAGAGAGUAAUUCUGCACAAAAGUGAUACACACACACACAAAAACGAUACACAAAACGAAGGAGGGGGGGGUCAUGUGUGUUUGUUCUGGAGCAGAAAGGGUUGACGCCUUCAGAGGAGAAGGGAGGACAAGACGAGGACACUUUGGACGGACUGAAAGACGGACGGAAAGAACUAAACGUACACUUCUCACUUGUCUUCUCCCCUCGUUAACUAACAUCGUCGCAGUGUGUGUUGCUCUCCUACUCUUUUACGCCUCUGUCACUGUGCUUACCUACACAGUUACUGUUUUCAUGUCCACGCACAGUCACACCACAGAGGACACUCAUGCCAGUUCAGAGACUCUCCUACGAGAGACGAAGCCGUUUGUGUAAAAUGUCGAGGAGAGCGUUCAGCCCUGAACUGGUUGAACAUUUCUGCACAAAGCCUCUUCUCUCUUUACUGUAUGUACACAUGAUUGCACAAAUACACAGACAUUCUUUGAUGCACCCCGGUGCGGUUUUCUUCCUGCAGGGAAGAGAUGAACUUUUUAAGGCUGGGAAGAAUUAUUAAAUGCCAGAAGAAGCUUUUAUGGACAGAGUCACGUACCAGACACGAACGCCGUCAGCUUUAAAAGACCACCACACAGAGGAGAAGAGAAAAUCAUCAGUAAUCAUCAUAUUUGAUAAAAGAUGGAGGGGUUGGGUGAGGAUUCUUCAGCACUUAAAGCAUUCUCAGUGAGAGUGUUGUGUGGUUUCUGAGAGCGACAUGUGAUGUUUUGUUUUUUUUACCGUCUACUGCCUGUCGUCAGUGCACCUUAUACCGA